GGGACCAGGCUCCUAUCGUCUCCUUCACCGUCAUUCCCAGAAGGCUCCUCUGUUCAGGAAUUACCUAGCAAAAGGAGGCUGAAAUAUUGCCGGAAUCAGCUCGGUUUUCUUCUUUUUCUUGCUAUCACCUCCGGCAAUCCCAAACUCAGACCAAAAAGAACAACCAAGAGAACUCCCCAACCAAAAGAGAACCCCCCAACCAAAAGAGAACCCCCCUUUUCAAUCUGAUUUUUCUCUAUAUAUAUACCCGAAUAAAAGAUAAAAAUAAAGAUAAAAAUAAUAAACAAGCCUUGCUCUGUCAAUCAAUAAUAAUGCCAAUUUGUCUGGAGCUGCUGUAGUGUGCAGAGGCAGAGCAGCAGAGGUGCAGCAAGGCUCGGUGCAGGGUCAUGAUGCUGGCACAGAGUGCAGGCGUGCAAGCAACGUGGGUUCGACGCAGCAGGCGGCAAGGGGAUCUGGUGCAGCAGAGGAUCCGGCUUUUUUGGCAGAAGCAGGAGUGCAGGAUCAAGUGCAGCUGUAGCAGAGUGCAAGGCAGAGGAUCUGAGCUCAGCGCAGCAGCAGGUGCAGGAGUGAUGAUUGCGCGGGAUCUGGGCGCAGGAGGCACGUCGGGCGCAGAGCAAGGAGUGCAGGCGUGCAAAAAGGGGGGUGUAGGAGAAUGAUUGCCGGUGAUGGCAAACAGGGGGCGCCGGCUGGUUUGGUGCAGAGCAGGGGCGAGGUGCAGUAGCAGAGCAAGGGCUGGAUUUGGGCUUGGCUUUGGGUUUUGAUGGGUUUUGGGUUUGGUAUUUGGGUUUUGGGCAUUUGGAUUUGAGCUUGGUUUUGGGUUUUGGGUUUGGGUUUUUAGGUAAUUGGGUUGGACUUGUAAAUUCAUUUUGAUGAACUUCACCCCUCCACCUUUUGAUUUCUUCACUUGAGUCCUUUCUCGAGUUUCCUUUCCCAUUUCCUUCUUGAAUUUCCCUUUUUUGCACCUGAAAGAAAAAUGAAGAUGUAUUAGUUAA